AUGGCGUCCAAGAAGUCAGCUACGACCGAGAAGAAAAGUAAAGUGGUCGUGACGAAGAAAUCUCCUUCAAAAGCACCCGAAGAUCUCCUUAACGCCAUUGCCACAUAUCUCGAGGGCCACGGUUAUGCUUCCACUAGCAAUGCACUGAUUAAGGAAGAAAAGGAACGCAAUGGAAGAGUUAUCUCUGGUACAAGCAAGGAUGCUGCGCCUUCGUUGGUGAGCAUUUACGAGGCAUGGAAGUCUUCUUCUGCUUCCUCAAACGAAGACGAGAGUGAAGAAUCCUCCGACUCGAGAGAAGAAUCCAGCUCUGAGUCAGAAUCCGAAUCCGAUGUUUCGAUGGACGAUGCUCCCGCCGUGAAAAGGAGCAGAAGCUCGAGUUCCUCUUCCUCUUCCUCUUCUGAGUCGGACAGUGAUGCGGAUGACGAAUCUGGGCCGGAAAUCGCAGCGCCCAAAACGAAAGGCACGAAGCGAAAAGCUGAUGACGCAGCUCAGGAACAACAAGCAUCUGUGAAAAAGGCCAAGAAGGUGGAGGUUUCUGAAAGCUCGUCAGAAGAAUCCGACUCAUCGGAAGAUUCUUCAUCAAAUGACAGCUCAGCUGAGGAAAGUUCUUCAAGUGACUCUGAAUCGGACAGUUCCGAAUCUGAAUCCGAAUCUGGUUCUGGUUCUGGUUCUGAUUCUGAUUCCGAUUCUGAGUCUGAUUCUGAAUCCGAUUCUGAAUCAGAGGUCGAACGCAAAGAGACAUUGAAAACGGCCGCAAAGACGCCCUUGCCAGAUUCCGACGAGAGCAGCUCUUCGGAUUCCAGUGAUAGCGAAGACUCCUCCUCGUCCGACUCAGAAUCUUCCGAUGAUGAAACGAAAUCCAAAGCAGCGAUUUCCAAUGACUUGAGCGAUUCCACAGACACGAUAGCCUCAACGAGCACAAAGUCAGACGAGACUAAAAGUCAGAAAAAGAAGGAUGCGGACGCUUCCUUCAACUCCGUUCCUCUUCCUCCUGAGCCUCAGUUCAAGAAGAAACAUACCGGAGCUCGCCCAACGCGACUGGCUGCAGCCAGUGAACUUCCACACGAUCAUCCAUCAAACACCUAUGUGGCAUACGCUUACGCCGAUCGUGCCUUCAAAGAUCUGUCAGUCACCCGUGGAAAAGGAUUCACCAAGGAGAAGAAUAAGAAGAAGCGUGGUUCAUACCGUGGCGGCCCCAUAGAUAUCGGCCCCUCCCCAUACAGCUUCAAGUUCGAAGAUUAA